ACUCGGUAAAUUUGACUUUGUUUUUCAAAUUCUUCAAGACCUUCACACACAACAGAUCUCUAAAGCCGCACUCUUUGAUUUGAUCUACAAUGGUAAAGAUUGCACUAUUGGCCACCCUUCUCCUGGUUUGUCUGUUACAAGUCCACGCCUUUUCGGGUGUUUGGAUAAAGCUUAACCAUGGCUCCGUGUGCUUCCAAGCAAAGUCUAACAAGCCAGGGCUUCUUCUCCCUCGGCACCAAGGUUUUUUGGCGGCCGUGAAACUCGUCCACAAGAGUGGCUACGUGUCGUGUGCCGGCUGGUCAUACCGGAGCCACUGGGGUUGUAAAGGACUCGCCUACCCACUCAACAUGUUUGUGACCAAUGCAAAAAACCAAGUCAUCUUCCCUCGUGUCGGAAUGAAGUUUUGGCCUGGCAAUGCUGGUCGAUGGUAUAGUAUGGAUGGGUUUGACUCCAUGUCAAACGAUCUGGUCCUUCAGUACGGCUUUGACCAGGCUUACUAUAUAACCCCGAAGUCUGUGCUCAAAGUCUGGUAUGGGGAAGAUCUGUAUGGCUACACGGAGUCGGAUAAUCGCGGCAAAGUGUGCGCCGAUGUCUAUGGCUACUUCAUCUGAGGCUCAACACGCUUGUAGAUACAAGCAAAAGUCGAUUAUUGUUAAAAGAAUAAUCAAUAUGGAUUUGGUAUAAAAUAAGGGUCAAAUAAAUAAAUUUCGACUUGAACCUCAAAA